GCACAAGUCUCGCCGCAGUUGGUAGAAAGCGGCGACAUGGCUGUGUGACACAGCCAUGUGUCGGAGUGCGAAAGGCCACCGCCGCCUCCUUUCAUCUCGGUCAUGCAGCAAACUGCUGUCCCCGACGUCCCCAUUUCCACGUAUCCCGUACAAUGCCGCGGGAUAGACCUGCUCGGAGUAGCCGAUGCGCGAGCAAGCUCUGAGGCCUGCAUUUGCGUUCACCAACUCUCCAUGGAACUGUGGAAGCGCUACGACACCCCGCGCGCUACGGUCCAGAAAAUAAUCGAAAAGCUGAACAUCCAACUCCAAAACUUCACCAAAGAACAGGUGCUCACUCUGCGGAAACAGGGGAUCGUAGACGGUUACCGAGCAACUGCGAUCACCGUCGACGAAGCGGAGAAAGUUUUCGUCGCACUUGAAGAAUCUCGCACCAGGAGGGGAAUCAAGAAACAUAGACUGUACACCAAAUCCGAGGAUCGACAUUUGCGAAGGGAAGAAGUAAAAAUAAACCAAGCACACUUGAAGCGUCAGUUGAGGUUGGCUAGCUGCGGCUCCGACGUCGGGACCGGUACCAAUUGCGCGAGCGCGGACGAGGAGAGGGGUGCUUCAAAUAGAACCGUGGCGGAGGCGACGGGAUCAUCGCUACCGUUGGAAAACAGCCAGGCAGAGACCUCGACGCCAGGCUUCAGCAUUCUUUUGGUGGCCGAGGACAGCUACCAACUUCCAGAAGUCAGCGAGGAAGGGUUUACGGUAAAACUGGUCGAGAAUGUAGCUGCAGCCGACCUCAGACGCCGUCAACAGCAGCAACAGCAGCAGCAGCAGCAGCACUCGAGCAUGGAUAAGCAGCAGAGGUAUCAAUUUUCCGUUGUUCCCGCCGCCGGGGGCUCCUCAAUGGCUCCUAGUGUUUCCGAGAGCAUUGGCAGUGUGAACUUGUCCAGGCAGGGCCCAGAACUUGUGCUAGGAAUUAGGUCUCCUUCGGCCCACUCCAGUGAUCAGGACGACCGCGCUUCGCACUGUUCUCGUAGCAACUCUAGUAGCCCGACACAACAGACCACGCCCAACAAGUCCUCCCCCGAACGCUUUCUCUUCCUCGAAUCCGAAGGAUCGGAGUGCGAGGAGGGAAACCCUGGCCGUAACACCAAUCAAAACAACCGUUCCGCUGGGCGGUCGUCGUGUUCCUCCGACCAGGAGUACAGGGGUAUUCCUCACAAAGGGAAGGGUUUGAGGGAGUUUGUUGGUAGUAGCAGUGAAUUGGAGGAGAAAGGAGGGACAGCUGAGGGUGCACACCCUGUGCACCCAUUUUCAGGCCCAAAGCACCGGAGGGUAAAGGCCACCAAACUGAGGCACUACGCCAAGACUACGUCACCAUAUUCUACUACAGCCGAAACACGACCGAAACAACAGAGUCCCUUGGUCGUCUCCAUACCUCUCUCCUCCCUCCCUCCUGCACCGACAAGUAGUUCUGCCGUGGGAAACGGCUUUGGAAAGCAGAGGAGACCAACAGCGCUUUCGCAUUUCGCCACGAAGAAGCGUGCUCUCAGCCGUUCGCCGUCAGUCGAGGGUGACCAUGACGUGUAUCCCACGUCGAAUGGAUUGCAGGUGGAUUUGCCAUGUGGGAGUGAUUCAGCGACGCUAUCAAAGGGUGGCGGGAGCGGGAGGUUGGGAAAGCAGCCCAAAAAGUCCACAAGCAACAAAAUGGGAAAACUUCCCAUUAAUCAGGCCACACUGAUUGACCAGAGCCCAGCAGACGAGGGUGCUGUAGCCUACACAAGACGAGAGCUGAAUCUCCCACCACCCACAGACGCACGACCUGAAACUGCCGCGAAAAGUUUCACCGAAGACGAUGAAAUAUCCGUCAGUAGUUCGACUACUACCGCCAUUACGACCAGUAGCUCGGGCAGUUCGGCAGGUGGGCCCAGCUACAGGCCAACUGCCACGAAGUCGAAUCGUCCCGUGCAGCGAGGCGGGGGCAAAAAAUCCCACAGGGGAACCCACAGUAACGGCAACGACGACUUGCUCAGGAUCAAUACAAACUUCAGCCUCCAGUCCCUCUUUGGCCACUGUCCGCCGACACUAACGGUGAGAGACGGCGAACUUGUCCCCGAGAGAAGCCUCUCGAUAAAGGACUUGGACCAGUUUUCUCUGCCUGCUUCGCACCCGAUCCACACCUGGAGUCUCGGUCAGCCCGUGCCCGGCAGGUGGAGCGGAUCUGCUGCGAGAACCAAACGCCCGCGGAAAAUGACUAAUCAGUCUUCUAAGACUUAGUACAAACUCCCCCUAUCUACUAUUAUACCUCUCUGAUACCAUUUUUGUACUUACGUAGCUCCGUAUUUGAGGUUAAAACUUUUGUUGGUUGUAUGACUCCCUUUUUUGAGGUUUAAAAUUUUGUAUAUAGCUACACUAUGAGUGAUUUCCAAAUGAACUGUAUAAUGGUUUAAAAAAAUUUUACUCUAAUCAUUUUGGC